AAUUUUUCUGAGGAUGUGUGGGCAGCCAUGACUGUCGAUCAGAAGUGAAUACUAGAAAUUGUGAGGUUCCAGGCAGCGACUGCGGCCGCACCUUGGUGCUGGACAGGUUGGCGCGGCAGUGUGCGCUGCGGCCUCGUUGUGGGAAGGUGGAGUGGUGGCGCUCAGCUGAUUCCAGUCCCUCCAUCCACUUCCUCUCCUCCCCACUUGUCCGUUGACUCUUCGUCUGUUCAGUCAUCUUCGUCGGUACAGCGACCCUCAAAUACCAGGGACGAAAAAAAAAGAAGGAUUCCCCAUCGAGCUAUCAUAAUCCGAUGUCAGUCCUCCGUAUAUUUAUUAUCUGAGAUGUAAGAACAAAUGUGUCUAGGACGGCAGGGCCAGUUGAGAGAAAACUCUCUUCCCUUCGGAAUCUCCACAGGCACGAGGUAGCGUCGUUCCCUACUGGUUUACCGCUGUUACUACUGCCUUGACCACCGACCGCGCCUUACAGUUAAUGCCAUCUACCGCCGCCGUCGUCACCACAACAGCUUGACUCAAUCCUCCGUUUACUGCAUGUGCCCCUGUCAUCAUUAACAAUAUUCCACCAUAGCUACUUGACACACACCAGUGAGCGCACUGUGACGCAAUGAUCUGAGAGCCGCCCCGGAUUUAUUGUUCCCGGCAUUAGCACCUCCCAUUGGUGUAGAACAGCCCCGCCCGUACAACGCCCUUCCCCUCCAGCAGGUGUGAGCAUGGUGUGUGGCUCCCCGACCUCAUGACUCCUAGAGGUCGAUGGUCUGCGCGUAAGUGAAGUUACCCUCUCCUUGGUGAACCGGCUACCCCGUAUCCUGGCCAUAUCUCUGCUUUGCGCCAGUUGCUGCAGGAACCUCAACCUUCUUCGAGGUGCUGGGAGCGUGAUUUCACUUUUAAGACGUCGGCUGCCAGAGCCCGGAGGGAAUGGCGGCAGCGGCGGCGGCGGUGGUGAUGGUGGUGGCGGUCGUCUUGUCCCUCACCUCCCUCUCUCUCGCAGACGGUGGCGGCGACGGGGACGACAAUGACGCAACUUCAUCUCGGCUGGAGGUUCAGGAGCUGUCUGGGGAAGCCGAUUUUCGCUCCAUUAAGCUCCAUUGGCGGUACAAGGGCGAUCCUGAGCAGAUUCACCUCUUCUCCAUCAAUUACUGCGAGAGCCAGCAGUGGGGAAAGUACCGCUGCAGGAACAAGCUGCUGCAGGAACGGGAGGCGCGCCGCAUGAAGCAGCCUGGCGCCAGGCAGCAGGAGUUCGAGGUAGAGGUGAAGGGGCUGCGCAUGGCCACCAACUACACGAUAGAAGUGACGCCCGUGCUGCGCGGCGACACUCUGGCCGAGGCACCUCCAAUGGGUAGAGAGGUGGCCGUCAAGACCAAGGGGUUCUCGGCGCGCGCCACCCAGUGUCUCGCCAACUCGAGCGUGGUGGAGGUGGAGACGGGACCAAACUUCGGAGGCAAGAUCUCUGUGGAAGGCAGCGAUGACCCGAGAUGCUGGACGCAGGGGCGGCAGGACUUGGGCCAGACCACAUACCUGCUCACCAUUGACCACGACUUGUGCGGCAGCGAGGUGCACAACACGUCCGUCACGAGCUUCAUCAUCGUCCAAGAGAACCUGCCCAUCCUGACCCACUCCACCCGCAGGUUCCUCGUGAAGUGCAACUACAUCCCAGAGACCUUCACCGUCAGGGCAGGCGUGAGUCUGCCAAACGAGGAAAACGAAGAGGAGGAGGAGGGACCUCUCUCCCGUGGACCAGGCCAUCUUCGAGCUCGACCCUUCAGAGCUGUUCGACUCCGCCAACAACAUCUUUGACUCGAGGCUUUCCAGAGGACAUUGGCAGGGCUCUCAAGAUGUCCGCCGAGGAGGUUGACAAAGGUAGGGAAGAGGAAG